GGUACGCUGCGAAUGGCGGAGACGCUGAGGCGGGUGCUAAACUCGGGCGGCGCGGCUGGCCCCGGGGAGGAGAACACAGCUGAGGCCGAACCGCCUUUGCUGCUGCUCGGUGGUCACGGCUCUGGAAAGACAGCGCUGCUAUUCGCGGCGGCCCUGGAGGCGGCAGGGGAAGGCCGAGGCCCUGUCCUCUUCCUGACUCGGAGGCCUCUGCAAAGCCUGCCUCGCCGGAUUGGAGCUGCGCUCGAACCCUUGCGGUUACAGAAGAUCCGCUUCCAGUACCCACCCUCAACCCAUGAGCUCCUCCGGCUCCUGUGCUCUGCCCAUGAGACGCGGGGGCCAGCCCCUUCCCUCCUGCUGCUCGAUGGCCUGGAGGAGUACCUAACGGAAGACCCCGGGUCCCAGGAAGCCGCCUACCUGGCCGCCCUGCUUCUGGACACAGCUGCCCACUUCAGCCACCGGGUUGGGUCUGGCCGGGGCUGUGGGCUCAUUGUGGCCCUCCAGACCCAGGAGGAGGGAGACAGUGCGACUGCCCUGCAGUUGGCACUGCUUCAGAGGUAUUUCCCUGCCCAGUGCUGGCUGCAGCCCGAUGCACCAAGCCCAGGACAGCACUGCCUCCGAGCCUGCCUGGAGCCAGGUGGGCUGGGUGCCAGGGCAGAGUGGCGGGUGACUUUCCGACAAGAUGGAGAGAUGACAGUCACCCCGUGGCCCACGCAGGCUGGUGACACCAGCUUGCACAAGGGUUCAAGCUCUGGAGGCCAACCUUGAGGUUUGGAGUGUGACAACCUCUCUAUGCUUCAGUUUCCAUGGCUGGAAUACCUACCUCAGGGACAGAUGCAAAUUCAGAGACCUAAAGAUUAUAAAGUGCUUUUUCUCUCAUAAAUAUAGCAUUAUCCUGUACAUAUUGUCAACAUAUUGUUUAACUUUGCUGUUUUGAACUUUGUAAAGAGUUUCAUGACAAA